GUCUCAACUUGCUCCUCCUCAUGGCCAUGGUCGCCACCAACAUUCUCUCCCUCUACCACCUCUCCUCCACCAUCCAAUCCCCCAAACAGCCCCCUCCCCUCACCUCCCCAGUCCCCGACCACCUCCUCCACCAGCUCCACACCAUACGCGCCACCAUCAACCACCUCACGCGCCACCACCCUCCCCCACGCCCCGCCGCAUCAAAAUUACCUUCCUCCUCCGCCGCCGAUCUCCUCCUCUACUCCGGCCUCUCCCCAAUAGCCUCCGCCUGCCACAACCACCCCGAUCUCCUCAACAAGUACAUGUCCUACGCCGCCUUCUCCCUCUGCCCCGCCGACGCCGACAUUGCCGAGUCCCUCAUCCUCAGCGGCUGCCACCCCCUCCCCCGCCGCCGAUGCUUCUCCCGAACUCCCCACAAGCCCACGUCAUCACUCUCUCACAACCCUUUUCCGAACUCUCUCCCGGAUCAGAACAUACUAUGGGACAAGUACACGUGUAAGAGCUUCAGCUGUCUCAACCGACAGAACCCGAGUUCGGGUUUCGACUUCAGUCACGAGCUUUCUAACUUCAUGACGUACAAGUCCGAGCUCGACCUCCCCAUCCCGCAGUUCUUCCAGAUAGCCAAGGCCGCCGGCGCCGUCCUCCGCCUCGGUCUGGACAUCGGCGGCGGGACGGGGACGUUCGCGGCGAGGAUGAAGAUGUACAAUGUGACGGUGGUGACUACGACGAUGAAUUUCGGGGUACCGAAUAAUGAGGCGGUGGCGCUGAGGGGGCUGGUGCCGCUGCACGUGCCGCUGCAGCAGCGGUUCCCCGUGUUUGACGGGGUGCUGGAUCUGGUGCGGUGCGGGCACGCCGUGAACAGGUGGAUUCCUGUGACGGCGUUGGAGUUUUUGUUGUAUGAUGCGGAUAGGGUGUUGAGGGGAGGAGGGUACUUGUGGUUGGAUCAUUUCUUUAGCAAGGGGGUGGAUCUCGAGAAGGUUUUCGGGCCGUUGAUUAGCAAGCUGGGGUACCGGAGAGUGAAGUGGGCGACGGCGAGUAAGAAUGAGAAGAAUGGGGAGGUUUACUUGACUGCUCUGCUGCAGAAGCCCGUCUCAAGAUGAGGUUUGCUGUCAAAUUUUGAUGUCGAGUGAAUUGGUGAGGACCUCAACAUGCAGAAGCACCUCUCCUUAGAAGUUGGAGCACAUUAUUAAUCUUUGAAGCAGAAUAUAUUAACAUCAAUUGAAGGGGAUAAACUGUAGCUACUUAUGACGAUGUGUACAACUGUGCAAUGGUACAAACGAGCAUUUAUAGGAUCAUGGGGUGUAAAUUCAGAAGAAGCCCCAGAAGAGAUGUAAAAUGGCCUUUUGUUGGACUCUCAAUUGUUUGUCAGAUUUAUAAUUAGUUCUUUAGAAGUUUUAGAUUCACAUCUGCAGAAAGGGGACUCGUACUUC